AUGGCUCCAAGUGGCAAACUUGCCCAUUUCUAUUCUUUAAAGACUCUGGGGGCAAAUUUUCGAACUUUUUUCUUGUGGACUACAAGUAGCUGAAAAUGAGAUUUUCCUCUAGCGCUUGGCGAGACCUUAAAUUCAUAUCUAUUUAGGUCGAUAUCAUGUGCCAGAGAUAUUAACGCUACGAGAAAUCGUUUAAUAGAGAGACACGACAAGUGCAUGCCCGAUAGCGUGUUUAUCAAAACUGAAUUUAAUGAAAGCUCUCCUUUAAAAGUUUGCUUAAGACUUGCAAAUUGAUGCUAUAAGAUUUCUGAAUUAUAUUAA